GAGCUCUGCCCCAGCGCCGCGGAGGGGAUAAGGAUGAAGCGCCGCCUCGACCGCGCCGGCAGCGGCUGCAGCACCGCGGACAGCGCUCGCCCCGUCCGGCCACGCUGAGCGGCGUUUCAGCACCGGGGACAGCAGCACUUCGUCCCAGCGGACAGCGCCAUGGGGGGCAGCGCCGCGCAGCGCCCCGCGCCUCUAGAGUGAAGCGGACCCGGCCCCGACGCGCACAUGUUGAGAAACAGCAAUUAUAAAAACAUGCAUCGAAGGCACACAACCCUUCGGGAGAAGGGCCGGAGGCAGGCCAUCCGGGGCCCAGCCUACAUGUUCAAUGAGAAAGGGACCAGCCUGACUGCAGAAGAGGAACGUUUUCUCGAUUCUGCAGAAUAUGGCAACAUUCCCGUUGUGCGAAAAAUGCUGGAGGAAUCCAAAACCUUGAACUUUAAUUGUGUCGAUUAUAUGGGACAAAAUGCCCUUCAGUUAGCUGUAGGGAAUGAGCAUCUGGAAGUGACGGAGCUCCUCCUCAAAAAGGAGAAUCUGGCUCGAGUUGGAGAUGCACUUUUAUUAGCCAUCAGUAAAGGAUACGUGCGCAUUGUAGAAGCAAUAUUGAACCAUCCAGCCUUUGCACAAGGACAGCGUCUCACACUCAGCCCCCUUGAGCAGGAACUGAGAGAUGAUGAUUUUUAUGCUUACGAUGAAGAUGGCACUCGGUUCUCCCAUGACAUUACCCCUAUCAUACUUGCUGCCCACUGCCAGGAGUAUGAAAUUGUUCACAUCUUACUUCUAAAAGGCGCGCGGAUUGAAAGGCCACAUGACUAUUUUUGCAAGUGCAAUGAAUGUAUUGAGAAGCAGAGGAAAGAUUCCUUUAGUCACUCUCGAUCGAGAAUGAAUGCCUACAAAGGAUUAGCCAGUGCUGCUUAUUUGUCUCUUUCCAGUGAAGACCCUGUCCUUACCGCGUUAGAGCUAAGCAAUGAAUUGGCCAGACUAGCCAACAUUGAAACUGAAUUUAAGAACGACUAUAGGAAGCUAUCUAUGCAAUGCAAGGACUUUGUUGUGGGGGUGCUGGACCUGUGCAGAGACACUGAAGAAGUAGAGGCGAUUCUCAACGGAGACGUGAAUAUACAUCUGUGCCCAGACCACCACCGGCCAAGUCUGAGCAGGAUUAAACUUGCUAUUAAAUAUGAGGUCAAAAAGUUUGUUGCUCACCCCAACUGCCAGCAGCAGUUGCUCACCAUGUGGUAUGAAAACCUCUCAGGCUUACGCCAGCAGUCUAUAGCUGUGAAGUUCUUGGCUGUCUUUGGGGUCUCCAUUGGCCUGCCGUUCCUUGCCAUAGCCUACUGGAUUGCUCCCUGCAGCAAGCUGGGACGGACCCUCCGCAGUCCCUUCAUGAAGUUUGUGGCACAUGCGGUUUCUUUCACAAUCUUCCUUGGACUGUUAGUAGUGAAUGCUUCAGAUCGAUUUGAGGGAGUAAAAAAUCUCCCCAACGAGACCAUCACGGAUCAUCCAAAACAAAUAUUCAGAGUCAAAACAACUCAGUUCUCAUGGACGGAAUUGCUGAUCAUGAAGUGGGUGUUGGGCAUGAUAUGGUCAGAGUGCAAGGAGAUCUGGGAAGAGGGUCCACGCGAAUACGUGGUGCAUCUCUGGAACCUGCUGGAUUUCGGGAUGUUGUCCAUCUUCGUGGCAUCGUUCACCGCCAGAUUCAUGGCUUUUCUCAAAGCAACUGAAGCACAACAGUACGUAGAUCAGUACGUUCAAGAUGACGACCUCAAUAAUGCCACCCUUCCCCCUGAAGUUGCUUACUUUACUUAUGCCAGGAACAAGUGGCUUCCCUCGGAUCCUCAGAUCAUUUCAGAAGGACUGUAUGCAAUAGCUGUGGUACUCAGCUUCUCCCGCAUUGCUUACAUUCUUCCAGCCAACGAAAGCUUCGGCCCCCUGCAGAUCUCUUUGGGGAGGACUGUGAAGGAUAUCUUCAAGUUCAUGGUCAUCUUCAUCAUGGUGUUCCUGGCCUUCAUGAUUGGAAUGUUCAACCUUUACUCUUACUACCUUGGUGCAAAAUACAACCCCGCGUUUACUACGGUAGAAGAAAGUUUUAAAACCUUAUUCUGGUCAAUAUUUGGCUUAUCUGAAGUGAUAUCCGUGGUGCUGAAGUACGAUCAUAAAUUCAUUGAGAAUAUUGGAUAUGUACUCUAUGGAGUAUAUAACGUGACUAUGGUGGUGGUGCUGCUUAAUAUGCUAAUAGCCAUGAUCAACAACUCCUAUCAGGAAAUUGAGGAGGAUGCAGAUGUGGAGUGGAAGUUUGCACGUGCCAAGCUCUGGCUAUCCUACUUUGAUGAAGGAAGGACUUUACCUGCUCCUUUUAAUCUAGUGCCGAGCCCUAAAUCAUUUUAUUAUCUCAUACUGAGAAUAAAAAUGUGCCUCAUAAAACUCUGCAAAUCUAAGGCCAAAAACUGUGAAAAUGAUCUCGAGAUGGGGAUGCUGAAUUCCAAACAACGGAAAGUUCGUUUUCACUCUAGCACUCGAAAUGCAGAAAAUUUUUCCGGGAAGAAUGCUUAUAACAAGCCCACAAGAUAUCAGGUGACAACCCUACCUCCCUCUGGAUUCUACUACCUUGGCCAUCUUCAACACACCAAAAUAAUGAAACGUCUGAUUAAGCGGUAUGUACUGAAGGCUCAGGUUGACCGAGAAAAUGAUGAGGUCAAUGAAGGAGAGCUUAAAGAAAUUAAGCAAGAUAUUUCUAGUCUCCGCUAUGAACUCUUAGAGGAAAAGUCACAAGCUACUGGUGAGCUGGCAAGACUAAUACAGCAGCUGAGCGACAAAUUUGGGAAGAACUUAAAUAAAGACAUUUGAUGGUGAGCACAGAGAAAGGCAACCAGUUUUCUAAACAUUAUUCAGCCUCAACCAGCAUCUUAGGAGGGCAAAAACCAUGCAAAAGAUGGGUACCGCACCCUCAACUUUUGCUAACUAGCAAGUAUUGGUAGGAGCACUUUGCAUUACUCCUGUGCUUGGUGAGUUACCAGUUAAAUCUUUUAUGAUACAGAAGUGACUUACUGGUAAAAAUAUAUGCCCUUUGACAUCAGAAAUAGAUGCACCAUAGGAAAGGCAC